GAAGGAGUAAAAAUGUUCAAUGACACUCUUUCAAUACACUACUUCCCAAUUAGCUACUUUUGCGGCCUUCCUUCUAGUUCCCAACUCCCCCGCCCUCUUCUUCCAACGCAGCUUCACCCGCUCAGUGCACGAAGGAUUACGUUCUGCGGUUUUCGUUCAAUUGAAAGGACAUAGAUUCAAUCCAGUCGAUAGAUAUAUAUAUUUAAACUAAGAGAUUCGAGCUGGCGGGGAGAAGAUUUUCUGAAGAAAUGGACGAUUCUGAAGAUGAGGAAAGGUACUCGCAUAAACCCAGUUCUGGCUUCAGCCUUUCUUCUCGAUCAAGACGCCAAAUUAGGAACCCUAGUUCUUUUCCUAAAAACACCAAUUUUAGUCGGUACAAGAACGAAUAUGAAUAUGAUGAUACUGAGGAGUCUGAUGAAGGAGGAGAUGAUCCAGAAUUCAACGGAGCUGAAAAUGGGUACGAUUUCAGGAGCAAGAAGAAAAGGAAGAUGGAAUCUUUAGUAUCAAAUUACGAGUUUGCCCCUCGUGCUGCGGGAAAUCUACAAGGAUCACUUCGAGGCGGAGGGAGUUUGCGGGGGCAGUGGAGUGAGGAAGAGAGUUUCGUGCUGUUGGAUGUGUGGGGGGAGAGAUAUUUGGAGCUGGGGAGGAGGAGUUUGAGGGGUGAGGAUUGGGUUGAUGUGGCCGAGAAGGUGACAGAGAUGAUUGGGGUGGAGAAGAGUGAGAUUGAUUGCAGGAAUCAGCUGGAUGUGUUGAAGAAGAAGUACAAGAAGGAGAGGGAAAAGAUGGAGAAAUUGGGCGGUGGGUUUUCAAGCAAAUGGCCUUUUUUCAAGAAAAUGGAUGUAUUAAUGAAUUUGAGGAUGAAAGGGCAUUGUGGGUUGAGCUGUGGGGUUGAUUCUGGGGAGUAUGUUUUUAUGGACCCUAGAAUGUACUUAGAUAGGUCUAAUGUGAUGGAUGAGAUGAGGGAUAGUCCUGUGGGCUCGGACGUGGAAAAUGAGGAAGAGAAAGAAGAGGUGGGAGAGGAGGCGGGAUGGGAGGAAAAUGAGGAAUCUGCCAAGUUGUUAGCAGAGUCUAUUCAAAGGUUUGGCGAUAUAUAUGAAAAGAUUGAGAAUGGAAAGAGGAAACAAAUGACGGAAUUGGAAAAGAUGAGGUGGGAUUUCCAGAGAGAGUUGGAGAUGCAAAAGAAGCAAAUUGUUGAGAGGGCCCAGGCAGAAAUUGCAAAUCUAAGAGAUUCAGAUGAUAGUGGCGGGGAUGAUGCCAACAAUGAUGAUGACAACCGCGACGAAGACGUCGAUGAUAAUCAGGGCGAAGAGGAGGAAGAUGAUGAUGGUGGUGGUGAUGAUGAUGAUGAGGAUGAUGAUGNAGAUUGAGAAUGGAAAGAGGAAACAAAUGACGGAAUUGGAAAAGAUGAGGUGGGAUUUCCAGAGAGAGUUGGAGAUGCAAAAGAAGCAAAUUGUUGAGAGGGCCCAGGCAGAAAUUGCAAAUCUAAGAGAUUCAGAUGAUAGUGGCGGGGAUGAUGCCAACAAUGAUGAUGACAACCGCGACGAAGACGUCGAUGAUAAUCAGGGCGAAGAGGAGGAAGAUGAUGAUGGUGGUGGUGAUGAUGAUGAUGAGGAUGAUGAUGAUGGUGCUGAUGAUGAUGAGGAUAAUGUUUCAACGGAGAAGCUCAAUGGGUGAUGCAGCUUGUAGGUGGAAGAAGAAGACAGUUAGCGAGCCGUGGACCUCAGUUCUUCGACUCUUUUUUUUCCUUUGUAUUUUAAGUAGAUAUUGAACAAAUUGGCUUUGAACAUAAUUUGCAUUUUGUCGGUUUAUUGAAAUUUUGUAUGCCCGUUUAAUAGUUCCCAUUUGGUAGCUUGACAUUUCUGUUUACUAGAAAAUCAUCAACCAAAAACUGCCUAAAGCCGGGGGGUACACUUGUAUGUUUUGAAUUUAUCUUAACAAGAAAAAAGUGAAUUUUGU